AUGAUGUUGCCGGCGCAGGCCCUCGAACAAUGGAAGACCUUCUUCCGCCAGUGUCUAGCCAAUCGCAUAGACAUCGACGAGUUCACAGAUCUGUCUAAGCUAUUACUUGCGCGAGCACCGGUCAAAGAGCACGAAAUUCUCGAUCUGUUGUUUCAGGCUCGGGACGACUCGAACAUUUCCUGGGACCCGCUGCUACCGUUGUAUGUUGAUGGGCUUUGCAGGGCUGGGCGGGUGAAGAGUUCUUCUGCGCUUGCUGGUCUCUUGAGACAUUCUUCCAUUCAGGACGUUGAGCUGGGGCGAGUCUCGGACCGGCCUUUGACUCUUAUGACUGAUAUUAAGGUCGUGCAAGAUGUUAUGAUGUUCAUUUCUACUGGGUCUAUUCCCAAGACUGCUGCUGAGGCGGCAGAUAUCUACUCUGCUACUGUUGAUUGGAUUGUCGCUUUUGUUGCUUGGCAUCAUCAUAGCGCUGAUGGGUCGCAGCAGACGGGUGGCCUAAUGGGCUCGCCUGAUGCGGUUUCGCUAUUUGAGUCGCUUGGUAUUUUGCUUGCGGCACUUUCGGGGACGAACAAGGGGCUUGAGGUCUUAUCUAGUGACUUUAACCAAGGUUUGAAAUCGAAGCUGGGCCAGGCUUUGUCCUCUUAUUUGCCGCUCUGCGUUGACGUUUCGCUACCACUGAGGCAUCGCUUGGAAGAGCUACAGAAGGUGUUUAAUUUAUAUCCUGUUCAACUGUCCAAGGCGUUGGAUGAGCCCGCUAUCCAUGGCGUGAAUGUCAAUGCGCUUCAGUUUGAGGCGUCUGUUAUGGAUGGACCCGUUGUCAAUACUAGAGCUGGACUCUAUAUUUAUAUCAACUCAAUGGUCGUUGGACGUCCGUUGGUUGACGAUACCAUUCUGAUCAACUAUCUCACCAACCGGUAUCAAGGCCACAAUGAUGUCCUCAUUGAAGAAAUCAUCACAGCCACCUUUGACGUUUUAUCGAAUGGCGUCUACCGCAAUGAAUCCAGCAGAACAAUGUUUCUUUUUCGAUCAUUUUUAGUUAACAAGCUCCCCGCAUUCUUUGCUGCCAUCUCUGCAGCAUCUAUGGUGCCGAUAUCCAUGGAGAUGUGCAUCAGUCAAGCCUUGAGCCGGCUCGACCCGAAUGCUUUCCCUUCAUUUUCUCAAAUGUUUUCGAUGCAAGGUAGCAGCAUCUUAUCGGAUGCUCGGCAGGAGUUCCUCUUCGCCUGCGCAUCACACAAGCUCAUCCAGGAAUCCAGCAUUGAACAACUAUUGGGAGAGAACCCCAUGCAGACGCUGCCCAGUGGCGGUCCUUAUGUCAAAGACGACAUUGUCUCCCAGAUCAAUAAUAAUCAUGAGCGGGCGGAGCAGCUCAUUGGUGAGAUCGAGUCGAUGGAGGGUAAUGCAGGCGCAAUAGUCGGCGCGGUGGUCGAGGUCAUGCAUAAUCUGUGUCAUCAGAAAGAGACGAUGACGCUGAAGAACAUCUGUAACUCGCUCUCGCGUCGCCCGCAGACUCUGGAUGUCAUCUUACUGUUCCGAACUACGAAACAAGUCCUGCAGCCUCUGUGUUCUGUUCUUGAUUCCUGGAAGUGGGACGAGGACCAGGGCGAAAACCAACCCGUCUAUGAUGAAUUUGGCAGUAUCUUGUUACUUGUACUCGCAUUCAAAUAUCGCUAUGACUUGACCCCCUCCGACUUGGGUAUCUCGACCAACGACUCGUUCUUGUUGAAGCUUCUGACCCGCGGCGCUUGCAGCCAGAAACUAGCAGACCUGAGUGAGAAACAGAACAAUGAUCUCAGCGCUUGGAUCGGUGCUUUAUUCAUUGCUGAGGGCAUCAGCGAAGAGACAAUGUCUUCUUGCAGCCCACACGAGUUUUACAUGCUCGUGACAACGUUGUUUGAUCAAAGUCUGGGCGCAUGCGAGUCUGGAAAGCUAGAAUUCGACACCCUGAAGGGUGGGUUUGAAUAUCUUCUCGAGCCCUUUCUCCUUCCAUCUUUAGUCGUUGCCCUCACCUGGCUGGGCAACCAUAUCUGGGAAUCCGAAACCGACCCAACAAUCCCUCUCAAAACCCUCUACUCUCUCAUAAAACCCAGCUCGAUCUCCGGUGAGGCCCAGGCCAUCCACCAAACAGUCCUGAACAUAACUGCGCGCCCCCUAGAAGAACAACUCAAAAAUGUGCGCACAAGACACCAAUCCCGCACAGACAUAAAACCCAUCCUGGACGCACUGGAGCCCUAUCUCUCCUUCCGCCGCGUUGGCAGUAGCCACCGCUCAGAACUAGAUACCUGGACCACCCACGCAACCGGUGGACUCCUCGCCAGUAUCCGCACAACCUUCCAAGCCCUAGUUCUCUGGUCCUCGAACCCAGAAAUCAACAUGGCCCCGCACACAUACACACAUCGACAAAUUAUCACCGGCAUUCGGAUGCUAGGCGCAACCCGCGUGCUCUCCGCCCUAGUCGACGAAGUCAAGCAGCAAACCGAAUCCGGAAGCGGCCACAUCGCCCUCGAUAUCGCAACAACAAUGAUCUGCGCCCCCAUGCCGGAAUCUUUCGCCGUAGACCAAAACAACAACCACCCCGAUAAACCCGUUCCGCGCUGCGUGGUCCUCACGCUGCGCGAUGCCUUGGCUCUGUUGCACGAGAAUGUUCCCAAGACUUCUGAGACGGAUCCGCUACGCGCAGAGGUCAUUGUUCGUCUUGCGCGUCGUGUGAACGUGCUUCUUACGCCGCCGUCGCAGGUCUCCAAUAUCGAUGUCAGCAACAUUAUUCAGAAUAUGGCGCUUGGUGUCGAGGGCGAUCGCAUGGACCUUGAGCCGUCUGCUGCUGAUGUUGCGGGUAACACGGUUGAGGAUGAUUCGGAUAAUAUCAAUCAAAUGCUUGAUAAUGCGGCUGCGGCUGCGGCUGCGGCGGGCAUGGAUGGUGGUUUGGAUGGUGGCUUGGAUGGAGGCAUGGUUGGGCAGGAUAUGGGACUUGAUUCUGGUGCCGGGAUGGAUGCUAUUGAUGAUGUGCUUAAUGCCGCUGAUAUGGCGGUUGGAAACCCUGAGUUCCUUGAUCUGGAUAUGGAGGGGAUGUUUUAA